AUGUCAUUUGAAAUAUUAAUCAUACCUAAUUCAUGGUUUAGAAAUCCAAAUUCAGAUUUUACAAAUCUAAGAUAUUUAAUAAAUAAAGGAUAUGAUAAACCUGUUCAAAAAUAUGGAAUAAUUCAAACAAAAAGAAUUAUUUCAAAUGAUUCAUUUUUUGAAAAUUUAGCUGUUUUACCAAAUGAUGAAUUAAAUUUAUUUUUAUUACUUGGUUCAAAUGAGAAAAUUGAAGAAUUAGAAAAGAAUGGGGUAUAUAGAGAUUUUAAAAAUGAAAAUAUUGAUAAUGCAUUUGAAUGUGAUAUACCUAAAGAAUUUGGAAGUUUAUUUUCCUUGAAUGAAUUAUCAGACUCAAGAAUUAGAAUAGUUGAUGAAGAUUUUAAAUUUGAUGAUAAUAUAUUAAAAAGAGUUUUAACAUUAUUUGGAUUAAGAACAUAUAAUUAUGAAGUAUCCAAUCAAGAUGAAAUAAAUUUAAAUUUAACAACUUUUUGUUCAUUCUUGUACAAUUCAGCAUCCACGUUUUUUGAAAUUAUAAUAUCAAAAUGUUUAAAAAAUUCAAAAAUUUAUGAAGAGUUAUAUCAUGAACCUUUAUCAAACUACAAGUCAUUAAUAAUUCAUGCAGAUUGUAUAAUUGAACAUAAUUUAAUUGAUUAUUAUAUCACCAAAUGUAAAUUUAAAAAAUCCCACAAGGCAAAUAUUUCAAUUGAAAAUGCUGGAAUUAGUUAUAAACAAAUUAAAGCUACAAAAAAUUUUGAAAUUGGAUUUUUAUAUAGACGUAUAGAAUUAUAG